AUGGAUCACACGCAAACCUUACCUGACGACAUGCUCGCCAGCAUCCUGCGCCGCCUCCUACCGCGCGGCCUCGCCGCCUCCCGCUGUGUGUGCAAGGCGUGGCUCGCCGUUGUUGACACCCACGGGAUGUUGCUCCCGCACGUCCUCCCGCACUCGGUGUGCGGCCUCUUCUUCAACUACGUCGACUACCAUCGCCUGCACUUCUUUGCCCGCCCCUCGCCGCGGCUCCCGAUCAAUGGCAACCUCAACUUUUUACCACAUUACCACUAUCAUUUCAACACAAUCUUGGAUCACUGCAACAGCCUCCUAUUAUGCAAUGACGCAUGGAGCACGCGCUGCGUGGUCAACCCCGCCACGAGACAGUGGGAUAAUCUCCCUUGGGAGUAUAAGAACGCCAACCCGCAUCUUGUGUUUGACCCCACCAUCUCACCGCACUAUGAGGUGUUCUCGAUUCCGCGAGUGCCUAACAAAAUAGUCCCAAACACACCGCCACAGGUGCCUCAAAGACUCACCGAGUUCGGGAACCUGAAACAAUCGUCAUGGUCACAUGUUGUCGAAGAUGGAUCCACAGAAUCAACAUUGAAAGAGCACAAACAAAACAGUGAUAUUGUCGUGUUUUGA